CUCAUUUUUGCUACAUUGGGCCUUAUGAAGUUUCUGAUUUGUGUUUCAGAUUCUGUAGAUGAAAAGCAUCGGAAAUGAAAAUCCAUGAUUAACAAUGGCAGAAGAGGAAGAAUUUGUUAUUUUGUACACAGCACAGAAGACGAAGAAAGCUAAAACCUGGCAUGAUGGGAUGCUGAAAGUCUUUUCUGCAGCUUCCAAGGCAGUGUUGUAUGAUGACAAGAAGACUCGUCUGGACACAUUGUUUGUGAAGGCAGCAGACGUGCUCCCAGGGGAACAGAUUGAGAGUGACAGAUACCUCAUCCUCAUUGAGGAGAAGAGAUCCCAGACCUCUUCCUCCCAUGUCCCGUCAGCGACCUCCUUGUCAUGUGUGGGUCGACCUCUCAGUGGCAGCAGGGUCCCGACUGCACCAAGAGGGGGACUCAGAAGGGGGAAUAGAAAGGGAUUUGUACCACCCAGAAUUUGUAAGCAAAUAGAGGAUGAUCCAGCAUCUGCUGACUUGUCCUGCCUCAGUGCCAAGCAGGGUAGCACCACCAGACUCAGUCCCCUUCAGGGGAUGACCAGCUACAGGGCCAGCAUCACGAAUCUCUACUCCAGGAACAUUCCGGGUCAAGAUCAGGCACCUGCAGGUGUCCCUGAAGCAGGCUCACUAGACAGGACAGCAGCAUUUCCCAAAGAAAGGGCACUUCAAACUGGAAUGGACCGACUUGGCAGCUUCAGGAACAGAGGUAGAACAGAUCAGAGAAGCCCUGGGCUACCUGCAGCUACAGCUGUAGAGAGUCAGGGAACUGGUCCUGAAGACUCUGACAUCUCCCCUCAGCUCUCCAGUUUCAUGUCCAUGCUGCAUGGCAGGGGUGGCAGCAGAGAGAGAAGUCCUUCACAGCAAGACCGCAAGAGAUUAAAAUGUAAUCCCUGGAGAACAUUUGGUUCCAGAUCUAAUUCAGAUUCUCAAGGAAGCCAGACUAGUGAAGAAAAUUCUCAAGAACAAUACAAACCUCGAACUAUUACAACAGAUUAUUCAGCCUUCAAAGCUGAGAAUAAUAAAUGUAAAGGAACUGAAAUGGUUCAAACUGAUGGUGAUCCAAACUAUCUGGGUUUAGAGACUAGCAGCUGCACUGAUGAUUCUGUGAAUAAGAGUCAUUCUAAAUUCACAGCCUCCACCAAGAGAUCUACCAGUCAGAUAAUGGCACUGUUAAAGCACAAACCUGUGUCAAGCAUUUAUCAAAAUGUCAAAUCAGACAAUAUGAGUUCAAACCAGUCCUUACCAAACAAUAAUCUCAUUGUAGAAGUAGCUCAAGAUUAUAAGAACUCUGACUUAAGAAUAGAGGAGUCUGUUGUUGGAGCUGGCAUCCCAGGAAAUGAUGGUCUUUUUGAUACACAGAUGACAAGUAAUAAGAACAUGGUCCCUGCUUCUAAGAUUAAUGAAUGUUCAGAUGAAAAUGAUGAUCAUGAUAAUGAGUACGAUUGUGCUGUUAACCCAUUUGAGUUGUCUGAUGCUACUUUUGACAUUAACUUCUCUCCUUUGUCCCAUGUGUCAUCCAGUGAUGAGGAUGAGGAUGAGCAGACUGAUCUGGAAAAACGAGACUGUGUAGCAGGUAGUCCCCAUGAAGCACCUGCUGUAAGACAGGUGGAGAGUCCUGGAAUAGAACCAGAUGCCAGGCAGAAAAUGACAGAUGACAAUCUACACUGUAUAGCAGGGUGUGUUACAGCAGUUAAUCCGCAAGAAGCACCUGCUGAAAAACAGGUGCAGAAUCCAUCUGGAAAAGAACGGGAUGCGAGGCAAGAUCUAGCAGAUGACAAUCAACUCUGUAUAGCAGGGUGUGCUAUGUCAGAAUAUUCCCAAGAAGCAGUUGAUCUUUCUGGAAAAGAAGAAAAUGCACUGCAGGAAAUGGCAGAGAACAAUCAAUGCUGUGUAGCAGCGACUGGUACAGCCAGCAAUCCCUUACUUGCAGCUCCUGUUAAACAGGUGGAGAGUCUUUCUGGAAUAGGACAAGAUGCAAAGCAGGCAAUGUCAGAGGACAAUACACACUGCAUAGCAGAGGGUGCUACAGGGGGCAUUCCUAGAGAAUCAGCAUCCGUGGAACAGACAGAGAGGUGUUCUGGAAUAGCAGAGGAAGCAGGGCACGCAUUGGUUGAAUCUGAUGUUGCCUGUGAUGAAAAGGAAGAUGUGAUGUUGAAUUUAUCCUCAUGGGGUGAUAUAGAACCCGGGUCUGUAGACAGUGAUUUACUUCAACUCAGUGAGGCAGAGUUUAGAGCAGAUCGUAUUCAAGGUAAUAGAUCCAUGGAAAUGCUGUCGGAUACACGGGUUUCCAGGUCUACCAAGUUAGUGGAUGAUAACGGUGAAAGUAUAGAUAGUUCAGAUGGACCUAAGAGUAAGGUCAUGCUGAGGACAAUAGAGGAUUGUCCUGAUGGUAGUCCAGAAACUGGCAGAUCAAUACCAGAUUCUGAAGGACAUGGGGACACUGAUACACCUACAGAUAAGAUGGGAAAUACCAACCCUUAUACUGAAACUGAGAAACAAAAUUGUUCUCAAAUAUCAGAGCAUGUGUCUCCGGAGAUUCACACUAGCAUUAACCCCCUGAACAACCUCCUGUUAAGCCCGGACAGUUUUGACCUGAACAGCUCUCUUUCCCAGUUCUCACAAUCUGGCUUCCUUGGGAGACUUAAUGCUGCUUCAACAGGAUCUGACAGGAAUGAAAACUUGUCAUCAGUUUCUCUCAAAUCACCAUCUUUUUCUGCUUUUGAUGACAAGCUGCCAAGACAGUUUGGUUUUAACAAGGAAAGUCUACCUCUGCAAGUAAACAAGCAGUCAGUAUUGAGUCAUAGGCAGCUUCGAGAAACUGACGAUGCACUGACUGAUAACGUUUCAGGUCCACAGAAUAAGUCAUGUUUGAGUGUAGAAGCAAGUAUGCACAUCUCACGUGAAUGGGAAGAUCCACACAAUAUGUUACAGUCAUCAGAUGUGCAACAAGGUCAAGGAAUCAGUUGUGUAGAUGAUGCUACAAAUAUUACAUAUGAUCAUACUGAACCUUGUCCAAACAGUAUGCCGUCAUAUGAAGCUGAACAGUGCUCAGAAAUCCCUGAACAGGAUCACAGACAGUACAAGCAGCAGGAACUCCUACCACAUUACUCUGUUGAUGCAUCCAUUCACCGAGAGAAACAAACAUUGUGUAAUAUCUCUAAUCCUGGUUAUGACAACAUUGCCAACUCAAACCACUGCAUCAGUAAUCAGGAUACUCACACACAGCAAGAUUCUGUCAGUGACAUGUUUUCGUCUGUGUCUAGCAAAGAUGACAUUGAGUACAAGUUUCCCUCCUCCAGUGAGUCUGUGAUGUCUACAGUGUUUGCUGAUGAUGUUGAUCAAUCGAGACAUGCCGCUGAGAGCUUGGUGGUCCAGCCUGGUGAUUCGGACAUGUCGUUCCCCAUGCCUGAUACACCAGAUAUACCCAUGGCAGGCAGUCAGACAUCACUGGACACAAAGCUUGAGUAUCCUGAGAAAGUCAGUAACCAUUCAGAUGAAAGUCCUUUGUCUGAUACCCAGAUAUUUCCGAGAACUUUGACAGGGACUGUGUCCUCUACACAGAGAAAGUAUUUGACAUCUGACAGUAUCAUUUCAAUGCGAGGUCGGCCCCAAAAUGAGAGUUCAAGGCGGGUCAGUAGUAGAGACCAGGAACUGUAUGUCCUUCAGGCAGACAGAAAUACACUGAAACACAUCCCUGCCAGUCCCGAUGGACAUCUGAGGUUGAGACAUGACCGUGUAAUUCCCGAUGGACAUCUGACAUUGAGACAGUUUGAGGCUGUGGAUGACUCCUAUGUUCAGAGGCAAGAAGACUUUGUAAGAGCAGAAAAAGCAUCCCCCCUGCCUCCACCCAGCAGACCGUAUCGGAGGCAGGGAGAAAUGUGUGACCCUCAUCAGAAUCAGGAUCUACAUUGUCAGGCUAGUCGAAAGCUUGGUGGCUACUUGGUGAAGGGGAUGGUAGCAAGUGGAGUGGUGAGGAGGGACGGUCUACCAAGGACACACACACAGGACAUGCCAGAGGACCCUCUUGGCCCUCCCUCUAGCACCGGUGUCCGAUGCACCAGACAGUACGGGAGGCCGAGCAUUGUGACGCAGAUUCAACUAAAGGCUGCACUGGAGAAUGUGUCCUCUGGUUGCAUACAAAUUGGUGGUCAGACUUCCCCAGAACUCAGUGAUCUUAUCAGCUCUCAGUUUCCGUUAUACCAAGACAAAGAUGACUCAUCACCUGAGCAAUUUAAGCUCAAGAUGUAUUCAAACGGACAGUUUCCUUUAACGAAAAGAAAUGAUUUUCACAAAGAUGUUGUCUUAAGUCCAGUUCCUUCUUUGCAUGCAUUUGACCGUGUUUGUGGAGCCACAUCCGAUGACCACUGGUUAGUGCAAGAUAGCCAUUCCUCCACGUCCGCAGCAGAACCACAGCCUGAGCUGGGGACUGUGCCCAAUAUUAUUACCCAUCUCAAGUCAGAACAACUUCAAACGCUGCCCUUGGACACAUUGUCACAAGAGGAUGCUGAUGAGGAAUUCUACAUCGACUGGAAUCGGGGGAAGCCAAAGAUAGUGUCAAGGCCAUAUGACAUGGAGCAGUGCGGUAUCAAGCCAGGCAGUUCCCAAGAUACACAAAAUGUACCACAGUCUUCAAAUGGGGCCUCUCCACCUUCCUCGUCAGACUCCAUCCCUGUCAACAACCAUGUUGUGCCGGACCUAGAUGGUGAUUUAAGGAAGGCUGUCUUAUAUACAAGAUUGGAGGCCUCAGCUGAUACAACAACCCAGGCUAGUGUGAUGCUCAUGCCACCAUUAACUUCUCAACAGAGGAGAAAGCCUAUUAUAACUCACCCAUCUACAGAUGGGAAACAGGUGGAAGUGUAUGACACAUACCUGGAAUCUUCCGGUGGGACUGAGACAGGUGUCAAGUGGACUGGCGAUGAACCACAAUGUGGUGCUGGCUCUACUGCUACAGUAGGCAAUGAUCAGCUGCAUGGGCGAUUAAGUAGACAUCUGGGUCAAGCACAGGUUCAGUUUUGCAGAGAAAGAUUCAAGAGACCUAACGAUGUGGGGGAAUCUCAACCAAAGAAGAGUAAUGAGUUUGAAAAGAGGAUUGUAGUGAGUACAUGUCCCACCAUGCAUGACCCAGAGGCAUCAUCACAUAUGUUGAGGAAACCCACUAUGGACUCGGACUUGUAUGGGCCAAGCGGUCAUGUUCAAAGUGACCAGUCUAUGGGUGGGGUGUCAAGGUACCAGGGGUCAGCUGGUUGGCAGCAGGGACACAAUCGGAUGGAGGAGGAGGGGGAGUUGUUUUGUGGGAGUGACCGGUCAGGGGCUGGGGGUGGGGGAUAUAGGUAUAGGGGGUCAGCUGGUUGGCAGCAGAGACAGCAGGGCCAAACUCGGGGAGAAGAGGAGGAUGUUGAGAUGAAGACAUCCCGGUGGGGGAGAUACCUCAGUACGGAUGAUGGAGGAUUCAGGACCAAGUCCCAAAUACAGAUACACGAAACUCGAAAUAUAGGAUGUUUUGGUGAUCCUUCAGAAAGUAGAUUGCAAAUUAAUGAUAGAGGUAUUAUGUCACGUGAGAGAAACCAAUCCAAUGAUUUGCCCUUGUACCAGGUCCUUGAUGCUGGCUGUGAUAAUUUCUUUGGGAGAGUGUUCAACCAUGACUCUAAAUCUGUGACACUGCAGUCAGACAAUUCCUCAUGUGAUGCUGUUAAAGAAACUGGUGGAAGUGAUACUUGGACUACAGGCCAGUUAGUGGAUGAAUUUGACGAUAGUUUUGAAGAGGACUGUUUGCAGGAAGACAAUGCUAUGCUGUCAAAGGAAGAUCUAUAUAAACCAAAAUAUGUAACACAGAAAAAACAUGUCCAACAUUCGCCACAUACAGGUUCCGAAUAUAUUAGAAACACAGAUUCGUCAUUAUCACCAGAUUUGUUCAUAACCCAAGAACAAGGUAGGAAUUCUGUGUGUACCAAAUUCACCAGCCCAAGGUUUACGUGUGGCGACUCAGUAGGGAGUUCUAGUGUGCUGUCCAGCAGGAAGGUCGGACUCGGCAAAUUCAGGAAUCCGGUGAUGAUGUCUUUCUCCAGCAGCACCCUGAAGGGAACACAGAGGAGCCUGUGUGGCGAGCUUCAGUUCCCUAGCCAGUCCGAGGUGGAGGCCAAUGUGACCCCCGCCCGCCAGGUGGUCAUCCCAGCCAGCUUCCAGAACCUCCAGGCGUACAAGCAGGUCAUCACAGCUGCCCUCAGAGAACACUUAAAUAUCAUGUUGUUUGAGCUGUCGAAGAUUUAUCACAGUGCUCUGGGCAGAGUGGACAUAACCCAGUACUCCGGAGAUGGCGGAAGCUGUAAGCUGCCUGGCAAGUCCACUGCCAUCUCCAAUCCUCCAUGUAAGUGUGGCAUCCCCUCCAAGCUGGUGCAGGUCCGGAAGGAGGGACCCAACAAGGGAUGCUUCUUCUAUGCCUGUGAGGCACCUCGGAACCAGCAGUGUAAGUUCUUCCAGUGGAUGGACCAGCCCAGCAGCACAGGGAGUAAGACCGCAACUGCUGCGGGCGUGACCCGAGCCACCCUUGGUAGCGCUGACAGCAUCAUGGCCUACAUCCGCGGCAACUCCGUCACCUUCUACUGUCAGUGUCUGUAUCUGCACAAGCAUAGGGACAGCUACAACAAACACAGAAAGGGCAUCCCUGCGUGGGUGAGACAGAGACAGGAGGAGAGCAGGAAGAAGAGUACGUACAUCAGGCUCAGCAAGAAGGAUGCAUCGUCCUACUAUGCUAAAGAUGACUUAUGGGUAGUCUCGCAGUCACUGAUGUUUGAACCAGGGAAGACAUUCGUUGCUCGCAGCGUCUACUUCGGUCCAAACUCCAACAAUGAGGUCGAAAUAGACCCGAUAUCUGGCUUCUCCCCCUCCAACUGGACCAACAACUGUGAAUGUCAUGCCAUGUUGGCGGGGAAUGCAUCGACGGAACUGUCGUGCCUGGGGAACCUGGAAGAACACAUACAGCUGUCAUGUCUGCCUGUACUGCCCUACAUCCUGAACAGGGUUGAAGACAAUCGCCGACACGGAGUGGCAGCCCCCUCCCACACCAGGCUGUGCACCCCUGGCAACUUUAUAAUAAAGCUGGCCGAGGACUACCUGAAUCAGUUCAAGCUGAACAAGGACCAGUCAGAGGCCCUGAUGAGAGUGGCAGCCAUGAUGAACAAAGAUGCUGCCUCCUCGGAACCUGUCCUGUUGAUUCAUGGUGUGUUUGGGGCUGGGAAGAGCUUCCUGCUGUCUGUCAUCAUCAGGUUUCUUGUGGAUGUGUUUGACAAAAAUGACUCAUACUCACCUGAUGUCCCGUUUCCAUGGAAACUGCUCAUCUCCUCAACAACCAACGUGGCAGUGGACAGAGUGCUCAUGGGUUUGCUCAAUCUUGGAUUUGAAGAUUUUAUUCGUGUUGGCAGUGUGAAGAAAAUUGCCAAGCCUGUCCUACCAUAUAGUGUCCAUGCCUCGGGGUCCGACAGCCAGGAGCUGAAGGAUCUGCAGGAGAUGCUGCGUAGUGACAUCCCUGCAGGAGACAAACAACUGGUGCGUAAGAGCAUAGAAAAGCACAGACUUGGAGAAAACAAGAAGAAACUGGGCGGAGUGCGAGUGGUGGGGGCAACGUGUGCGGCCUGCAGCUUCAACUGCCUCCACAACAUGCACUUCCCAUUUGUGGUGCUUGACGAGUGCAGCCAGAUGACAGAGCCAUCGUCCCUGCUGCCGAUAGCCCGGUUCAGCUGUGAGAAGCUGGUGCUGGUGGGGGACCCCAAGCAACUUGACCCGACUAUACAAGGCUCUGAGGCAGCCCACAGUGAUGGCUUGGAACAAACUUUGUUUGACCGGUUGAUGAAGCUGGACUACUGUCCUGUGCAGCUGCGAACUCAGUACCGCUGUCACCCGCGAAUCAGUGGCAUCGCCAACACCUUGUUCUACAGUGGCCAACUGUGUGAUGGAGUGACAGAGGACAGCAGACAGCCACUAUCCCCUGUGUUCCCAACCCUGAGUUUCUACGAUGAGGUGGGGGGCCAGGAAGUGACGGACGGCUCGGGGAGCUACUACAACGAGAGUGAGGCCAGGCUGGUGGUGCUGCUGAUCCAUGCCCUGGUGAUGGAGGGGGUGGAGGCCGGGAGUAUCGGGGUCAUCACGCUCUACAAGGCUCAGAUGUACAAGAUCAUCACAAGUCUACACACAGACAACCCCGCCGUCAACAAGCAGCUCAAGUGUGUCCAGGUGUCCACGGUGGAUGCCUUUCAGGGCGGUGAGAAGGACAUCAUCAUCCUCUCCUGUGUCCGCACCAACAACAUUGGCUUCAUAGACAGUGACAAGAGAGCGAACGUGGCACUCACACGGGCCAGACAUCACCUGCUGAUCGUGGGCCAUCAGAAGAACCUGUCUCGCAACAAACUGUGGUCUCGUGUCAUACAGAUCUGUAGAGAUUAUCCCGGAGGUCUGCAGAUGUCUUCCACAGCCACAGUCGAGCUGGCUGCGUUGGUGGAGGAGAGACAAGGUCAGGCAUUAACCGGGUCCUCUCAGGAGGGGCCAGGCAGUGAGAGCGCGGGGCAGGGCAGGAAGAAAAGGACGAGUAGGAAGAGGAAGAGAUGCAAGGAGGAGGACAGCCCCCCCAUGUCUCUGUCAGGGCAAGGUAUGGACAGUUCAGGAAAAAGUGUUGAGAUUCUGACUCCACAAGAUGUCCCUGUGAAUGACAACAUGGCUGUUGCUGAUGGUGCUGGUUCUGGGGUUGGUCAGGAUAUUCUCCUCACUGAAGACUUUGUAUUAUCCGAAUGUUCUGUGAACACGCUCAGCACAGAAUGUAAGAAGAAUAAGCGGCCACGACGCUCUCACUUGUUAGAUCCGGAAGUUUUUCUGGAUGACAAGAUUAACUCCAGUGAUGAAGAUUUGCCAUCAUAUAUGUGACAACCGCAGCUUGAGUGAUGAAGAUUGGCCAUCAUAUAUGUGAGAACCACAGCUUAAGUGAUGAAGAUUUGCCAUCAUAUAUGUGACAACCAGUGCUAAAGUGAUGAAGAUUUGCCAUCAUAUAUAUAUGACAACCAGGGCUAAAGUUAUGAAGAUUUGCCAUCAUAUAUGUGACAACCAGUGCUAAAGUGAUGAAGAUUUGCCAUCACAUAUAUAUGACAACCAGGGCUAAAGUGAUGAAGAUUUGCCAUCAUAUAUGUGACAACCACGGCUUAAGUGAUGAAGAUUUGCCAUCAUAUAUGUGACAACCAGGGCUAAAGUAAUGAAGAUUUGCCAUAUAUGUGACAACCACAGCUAAAGUGAUGAAGAUUUGCCAUCAUAUAUGUGACAACCAGGGCUAAAGUGAUGACGAUCUUGCAUCAUAUAUAUGUGACAACCAGGACUAAAGUGAUGACGAUCUUGCAUCAUACAUAACAGACCAGAGCUGAUGUGGUGACUGUUCUUUACAUGUGUUGAAUUAGUUCCUCAUUUUGUACACCAGAUGCUUGUGAAUAUUCCCAGUCUCACUCAACAUCCCCCUGUUUAAAUCUACAUUCGGAUUAUUCCUGAAACAUCUGGUGUAGUGACUGUUCCGACUGUGAUAUGUACUAGGUUGAGUGUAAUGAUGUGAAAAGUAUAUGUAGGAUUGUUUUCUCUCAAAUCAAAGGAAAAAAAUAUAUUUUAUUCUAAG